AUGCAUUCUUUUUCUCUCUUUCGUCUUUACUAUUCCUUCAAUAGCUACAAUAAUAACAGGUCUCCUUCAUUUAACUUUAUUUCUUUCUCUUUUCUUUUUCAUACCCCACUGUAUCUCUCUCACUCUCUUUUUCUUACCCCUUAUGUUUCCCACUCUCGCUUGACUACAUCCCCCUCUCUUUUUCUUUCCCCACAAGAUCUCCCUCUCAUUCUCUCCCUUUCUUUUUCUUGUCAAGUCGUGACUUCCCCUCUUUUUCAAGCCUUGCCACAUCUCCUUCCCUUUUUCUUGCACCUCCAUCUAUCGACGGUGUGCGAGAAAACGGUGUGGGGGAAACAACUUCUUGCGACACAAAAACGAACGCCUUCUUGCGAACCUGAAACGAAUGCAACACAAAAACGAACGCCUUCUUGCGAACGAAUAGUUUACGACAGCAAACGAGCAAAACGGCACCAAAGACUGCUGCCGACGGACGGACGACCGCAACGGCUGCUGUCGCCCAAGAAAAGACGCCAAACGACUCGCGCGUCUUCUUCUUGUAGUCCUUGGUCGAGUACAUUAUGGUACUCGAAGCUUUUUGUUCCUUUCUUUUUUGUUUUUGUUCUUUUCAUAUUUCUUUGUUUUUUCUUUUUUCUUUGUUUUUCUUCUUUUCUUUCUUUGUUUUUCGUUCUUUUUAGAACACUAACAAAUAAAAAAAACAUACACGCAGACACACUCUCUCCCGUUCUCUCUCUCUCUCUCUCUCUCUCUCUCUCUCUCUCUCUUGUCUAUUUUCUCAUUCAAAUCCUCAUUCUCUCUCUCUCUCUCUUUCUCUCUUUUUUCCCACUUUUUUCUUCUUCUUCUUCUUCUUCUUCUUCUUCUUCUUCUUCUUCUUCUUCUUCUUCUUCUUCCAACAGUUACUAUUUUCAUUUCUGUAAAUUAAUACAUUUUCUCUUUCUCUUUCUCUCUCUCUCUCUCUCUCUUCUUCUUUUCAUUUUCUUCUUCAUGAUUAUCAUCGUUUCUUCUCAAUUCUUCCAUUUUUUAUCUCUCCUUCUUCAUCAUGAUUAUCAUCUUCUUCUUCUUCCAAAAGUUUUUCUAUUCUCAAUUUCUCUAAAUCCAUUUUCUCUUUCUUUUCUCCCUCCUUCCUAUUCUCAUUUUAAAUCCAUUUUCUUCUUCCUCUUCCAUUUUCUUCUUCUUCUUCUUCUUCUUUCUUCUUCUUCUUCUUCUUCUUCAAAUUCUUCUUCACUUACUCUUCUUCUUUUCUUCUUCUUCUUCUUCUGUUUGAAUUAA